AUGAUAUUUUCAAACCCUGGGUUUCACAUUCAUCAAGGUAACGCUAUCGAACAUCUAGCCAUUUUCAAAAAUGUGUCUCAAUGGACGAGACGUGCAGGAUUCGGGGCACAUGGGGCUCAAGAUGAACUUACAAGUAGUGCAGCAACCGAGCAAUCAACAUCUACCGUGCCACCAUUGAUUCUGAGACGGAAUUUCCAGCGAUAUUAUGACUUUGGUACGAUUCACGAGAAGAGAAGAAAACAUAUAGAACGGGUAUGUGACAAAAGUGAAGACCUAUUUUAUAGUAAGCCAAACCGACUUGUUGUGGGGAAAAGACUCUUGAUGGACAGACGCCAUCACCUUGUAUAUUGUGCCGUUCAAAAAACUGGUUCAACAUUUCUAAAGACAAUUUUACGUAUUGUAAGCGAACAAGGGAUGAAAAAUGUUGACACACGAUGGAAACCUGUUAAUAACAUAAACUUACUUGGAGACUUUACAAAACUUCACUAUUUUUUAACAAGCUCAUUUAAGAUAAUGUUUGUUCGUGAGCCUUACGGCAGACUUUUUUCUGGAUAUGUGGAUAAACUUUUCACGGUAAACACUUUUUACUGGAAAAUUACAGGAACGUACAUAAAAAAUGAAAUUUUGAAUCAUGGAAAUAAAUCUCCAAGCACAUGUGGACAUGAUAUUACAUUUCCCCAAUUCAUCAAAUAUGUUAUUGAAUCACAGAGAACUGGCAAUCAUGCUAAUGGACACUUUACUCCUAUAUACGAACACUGUGGACCUUGUCAAAUAUCAUACGACUUCAUUGGAAAGAUGGAAACCUUCGCGAACGAUUCACUCAUACUGCUGAAUGCUUGGAACAAGAGAUACGGUAUCAAUAUCACAUUUGAUGAUUUCGAGGCCGAGACGGCCUUACAGAGAGCUGUAUCUCAUACUGGUCGUCUUUACAGCAUGCGCGAAAAACUCGAAAAAUGUAUGUCGUUUUAUUCUGGUAUGCAGCGAAUAUGGAGGGAUUUACAAAUUCGAGGUUUUUUACCGAAAAGUGCCAGUCUCCCGUUUACAGAAUCAGAAUCUGUAAAUGUCGACAUGUCACAACUUAUAGACGCUUUAACAAAAGUUAUGAAGGGAGUCACCGAUCUAGCAGUUCUCCGUCAACAGAAGAGAGAGGCAAUGAUACAGGCUUACGGACAAGUUCCAAUGAAGGACCUGAUCAAACUUAGGGAAAUUGUGCGUCCUGAUUGUGAACUGUUCGGGUACGAUGUCUCACCUGACUUCAUCUUUAAUCGUCGUCAUAAUUCUGGAAAGACGAAUUCCUUCAAUUAUCUUUCGUAA